AUGGUGCGGUUGGGGAUUCGGGAGCAGCUGCAUUUUGCAGAGCUGGCUUUUAGAACCCGGGUAGAGGCAUUAACCCAUCAACCUAGAGCCACGACAGUACACGCAGUCAGAGAUUCAGAACUUGCCAAGCUCCCAGAGGGAGCACUGACAUCCAUCAAACGCAAAUUCCCUCAGGUUGUGACUAGACUUAUUCACUUGCUGGGCGAGAAGAUUCUUGGCAGUCUUCAGCAGGGAGGUCAUCCUCUUGGAUUACACAGCUCGAGUAGCAAGUGGGAUGCCGGAAAUCCUGCCAGCAAUCUCUCCACGGUAGCAAUUAUGCCGGUGUCUGAAGAGGUGCCACUUACAGCUUUUACUCUGGAGCUCAAGCAUGCUCUCAGUGCUGUGGGUCCUGCUUUGCUCCUCACCAGUGAUAACAUCAAACAGCGACUUGGUUCUGCUGCACUGGAUAGUAUCCACGAAUACCGACUAACCAGCUGGCUGGGGCAGCAGGAGGAUAUUCACCGUAUCGUACUGUACCAGGCAGACAGCACCCUUACUCCCUGGACUCAACGCUGCAUCCGGCAGGCUGACUGCAUCUUAAUCGUUGGUCUGGGAGACCAGGAACCUACUGUUGGAGAGCUGGAGAGGAUGCUGGAGAACACCGCAGUUCGAGCCCAGAAGCAACUUGUCCUGCUCCAUAAGGAGGAUGGGCCUCUCCCCUCCCGAACUGUGGAAUGGCUCAACAUGCGGAGCUGGUGUUCUGCUCAUCUCCAUCUCCACUGCCCACGCAGAGUCUUUUCCAAAAGAAGCCUGCCCAAGCUGAUAGAGAUGUACGAACGCGUAUUCCAGAAACCACCAGACCGUCACUCUGAUUUUUCUCGCCUGGCUCGUGUUCUGACUGGAAACGCCAUCGCGCUGGUGCUUGGGGGUGGAGGAGCCAGGGGAUGCUCCCAAGUGGGAGUUAUCAGAGCGCUGAUUGAAGCUGGCAUCCCCGUAGAUAUGAUCGGAGGAACAUCUAUCGGUGCUUUUAUGAGUGCCUUGUACGCCGAAGAACGCAGCUACAAUCAGAUGAGGAUCAAAGCUAGGCAGUGGGCCAUGGUUAUGAACUCAGUGUUUAAGACUAUUCUAGACUUGACAUAUCCGAUAACCUCUAUGUUUUCUGGAGCGGCUUUUAACAACAGCAUCAACCACAUCUUCAAAGAUAAGCAGAUAGAGGAUCUGUGGAUUCCUUACUUCACGAUCACAACCGACAUCACUGCCUCAGCAAUGAGGGUCCACACAGAUGGCUCUCUGUGGAGGUACGUCCGUGCCAGCAUGUCCCUCUCUGGGUACAUGCCCCCUCUGUGUGACCCGAAGGAUGGGCAUCUCCUCAUGGACGGAGGUUACAUCAAUAAUCUUCCAGCCGAUGUUGCGAGGUCCAUGGGCGCAAAGGUGGUGAUCGCGAUCGAUGUGGGGAGCCGGGAUGAGACAGACCUCACCAACUACGGCGACUGCUUGUCUGGCUGGUGGCUGCUCUGGAAGAGGUGGAACCCACUGGCUGAGAAAGUCAAGGUGCUGAAUAUGGCAGAGAUCCAGACGCGGCUUGCGUACGUGUGCUGUGUGCGGCAGCUGGAGAUGGUGAAGAACAGCGAUUACUGCGAGUAUAUCCGGCCGCCCAUUGACCGAUACGGUACCCUGGACUUUGGGAAAUUCGAUGAAAUCUGUGAAGUAGGAUAUCAGCACGGGAAAACGGUAUUUAAUGUCUGGUGCAGGAGUGGAGUCCUUGACAAGAUGCUAAAAGACCGGCAAGAGACUUGCAAAUCCAAAACUGAUGUAAGUGUUCGUUUUAAUGCGCUAUUCCGCAAGAGCUACUCGGUGCACGCCAGACUGCGUACUGCCCAGAAACUGGGCAGGGCCUGGGCGAAUGAGGUCCUGCACUUCUCUGAUCACCGGGUACAAGUGUGGCCAGAGCGGGCUCUGCCAGAGCCCAGGCUCCGAUGUCUGCCCAUCCGUCCCCCGUACCUGAUGUGUGCCCGUGCAGAGAUCCAUCCGUAUCCUCAGCAAGUACGAUGGGGCCUCUGA